AUGCGCGCGAUAGACAUUAACGACUUGAAGCAUGUGGCAGUCAACGAGCUUGUUCAUUGGGCCCAGCUGCGAAUAGACUUCGCUAUUGUUGGUCCACCCAACGCUGGCACCUCUUCACUGCAGAAAACCUUGAGCAAACAUCCAAACAUUCGAUUUAUCGAUGGGAUUCAUGAACUCUCAGUGCCGAGCUCUUGGCAUCGGAGCAUUGAGUUGUGGGGCUGGCAAUGCACCGCGCCCAAGCUGUUGCCCAAGCAUUGGGCUGAGGAUCACCUCAUCGAGGUCAUGUCUGGCAAAGGCUCCACGAGCUCUCCAGCCAUAGUUGGCUUCAGAAAUCCCAAGUUCAUCUACAGUAAGCAGUGCUUACAGAAUCUGAAGUCUAUUCCAGGCAUCAAGAUUAUUACAAUGUGGCGAGAUCCGAUUGAUUGGAUGUGGAGCUCACUGUCAAGGGCAUAUGAAGGCUUUGACACCUCCCCCGAGGACUUUCGACGUGCGUGGCACCAACUGGCUGACACUGACAAGGAGGUUGUGGCAAUGAGCCGUGCUGGCGGAGGCCUUUCCGAGUUGAGUAUGUGGCGUUUAGGCGUUCCGCUGAGCGCCAAAGCGGCACUGCUUCAUCAGAGAUACCAGGAACUGCAGCAAAUGUUUCAGGAUCGCAUGUUAGUUCUUCCAUUCAGCUGGCUGCGGGAUGAUUCAUUGAAGUGGAUCCAGGCGGCAUCGGAUUUCCUGGGUGUCUCCGUCGACGCAAUGCCAUUGCUGUCUCACAAUGUCCGUCGAAGAAGGAGCGGCCCAAGGCUGGAGGACAUGGCAAGCAACGACACUUUGACAUUGCAGCUCUUUUUCAGCCACCCGGAGAAGACGCCGUUGAUGGAAGAAAGCCUGUAA